AUGGAUAAGCUACUACAUUGGUCGAUAGCUAACUCUCAAGGAGAUCAAGAAGCAAUUGAAAAGGUGGGGAAACCGGAUCCCCAGCUCUUGCAACAGCUUUUUGGAGGAGGACCCGAUGAAACUGAGUUGAUGAAACAGGCUGUAACUGUCGCUUCUAAUCCUGAGGCAACUCUCGACGCAAAGCUAGUGGCCCUGGAUAACUUCGAGAUGCUGAUUGAGAAUUUGGACAACGCCAACAACAUUGAAAACCUUAAAUUAUGGGAACCACUUAUUAAGUUGAUUAGCGAUCCUGAGUCAGAAAUUAGAGCCAACGUUCUCUCUAUAGUUGGCACGGCAGUACAGAAUAACGAAAAAUCACAAGACAAUUUUCUGAAAUACAAAGAUGGUGUAAGAAAGCUGAUAGAGUCCGCCAGGGCUGUCUCAGAAAAGUCAGCAGUACGGACGAAAGCCUUUUAUGCUUUAUCAAAUUUAACUCGGCAUAACAAGGCUUCAUUUGAAGCCGUGGAAACACUAGGAGGGUUAGAUGUUAUCUUGCCUGUUCUCGAAGACAAUAAUGCGACGGAUAAACUAAAAUUGAGAGCACUUGCGUUUUUGACUGCUAUAACCGCAACAGUAUCUUUGACAGAGUCGUUCCUUGAAAAAUUGAGGGAAAGGAAAAUAAUAGAGAGUACACUGAAGUUUUUGGACCCCGAGAGCAGUGUUUACGUUGUUGACCGAGUGCUUAACUUCUUAUCGCAGCUAAUUACUUCUGGUUUAAGAUUGAAUGAAGCAGAAAUGAGGCAGCUAAGGUCCGGCUUCCCUUCCAUCAAAGAGCUAGAGGAACGUCUUAACGAAGACGAUUACCAAAAGGUCAAGCAUGUACUAUAA